UUUUAAUUUUUGUGAGGAUUUGGAUAUUUACUCUUUACUUAUUGUCCCUUUCAUUCGGAACUGUACAGUAACUAAACCCUCCACCCUGAGUGUGAAACACAAACGCCGUGUACGGCCGACGAAUAUGUCAAACUCCGGCGAUGCAAAUACAACGUCACAAGAGCAAGAGCAAGAAUGGGCAACAAUGGCGCAAGCGUGGCUUUGUUCUUUCCCUGAAGCCAAAGAAGUAAGCAUGACGGAGGUCGAAUCUUGGAUCGACGCUAACCUCUCUUCUCUCCCAGAGGGAAUCCAAUCCAUGCCUCGCUCUGAUCUAUGCCUUAGACUCAUCUCAAUUCAAAAUUCCAUGAGACUCCCAAAUCAGGAGAAUGAAGCGAAUAAUGUUGAUGUUCCUCAUGCUAGGUUUCAACGGACUGAUCAGUGGCUUCCGGUUUAUGCGUGGUUAGAAACUUUGAAUAAGGAUGAAGUGGUUAAGUCUAAGGAAAUUGCUGACUGGUUAGAGCAGAACCCUAAGAUUCAAGAACAGUUAUGCUCGAGGCAUUCGAGAUAUCAUUUGAUGCAUUAUGUUAAAAAAUGCCAUUUCAAAAUAUUGAAAAGAAGGCAAAAGGGGAAGGGUUUAGUAGAACAGCCUGGAAAAGACAUGUCAUUAAAGGUUCAGAAAGAUGUGGUGAUGAAACACCCAGCCCCAUUUCCAAAUAGUUCUGUAAACAAUCUUCCCAAAGAUAGUGAUUUGUACUUGGCCAAAAGAAAUGAAGCCUGUCAAAAAUAUGAGAUUUUACUUGAGUUGGAGAAGCUGUUUUCCCCAGUAUUCUCAAAACCUCCUAUCGUAAACCAGUGAUGCGGUAUUGGAAACAUCAACUACUGUGUCAGUCUGUGGAGUGCCGAUUGGUAUGUGCAGUGACGGAGAAUUUCCUGAUUUGGCUCCACUCCAAAGUUAACCUGGUGUUUUAAUUGACCUUCUCACAAUUCCUGUUCAAUGAAGCAAUGCUGCCUCUCUUCAGUGUUCACCUUACAGGUUAAUUGUUGUCAUUAGGGUAUAAUAUAAUAGAUCUUGUGUAUUUUUUUUAAUUAUCUAGAAAGUAGUGUAGCUUAUUUAUAUUAAUGAUCAUAUAACUUUGCUAAUCCUUUGUAAUUAAAGUAUUAGAACUAGAAGUAAGAUUGAAUGUACUGUGUGUAAGCCUUGGUUAGAGGAUAAGCACCAGCAGUUUUGCUAAACGCCUUGAAAAUCAACAUCGAAAUUGUUGUUCAACAAAA